UUUCAAAACUACAACUGUAAGUCACUCUGACAAUUAGCAACAGUAUAAAGAAAAAAAUUUAACGCAAAAUAUUUGUAAUAUUUAAUUUUUCUUACUCUUCACCCGAAGAAAAUUCGUUUUAAACCCCAAUCCAUUACACUUUAAAACAAAACCAAAAGCUAUAACGUGUCAAAAAAAUUUCGGUGCUAAAAAAUUACGAAAAUUAGUGAAAUACAAAAUUUGUGGCCUAGGCUGUGCAGAUAAUUUUUUAAAGUCUUUGAUUGUUAGUAUAUUCAUAUUUCUGUGAGAAACCUAACAAAUGAAAAAUAAGCAUUAAAAAUGUACGAUGGACUCACCCGAAUCGGUUAAGACGCAUUAUGUGCGUUGUUUGAAAUGCAACAAAAUUCUCGAGUGUUCACGCUACGACACCAACGCGCUACUCGAACACAUACGCACCGAUCAUCCCGAAAUAGAAAUCAUUGAAAGCGAUAAAAACGAUAUGAAAUCUAUGCGCGAAGCCGCCGGCAACAUAGUCGUGCCGCACGAGACGCUCAACGAUAAGACGCCCAAUAUGUUUGAACGCGGCGCCAGCAAAGGUGUGGAUGACUAUGAGAACUUUCAACCGCGUUCCGAAUCUUCGCGUGAACGCAUGCGCAUACGCUCGCAUCGCGGUAUCUUUAAAAUGCCAGUUGAUAAUGCUGACAAACGGGAUAUGUCCGAAUGUGAUUUGCGUCCGGAUCAGAGUAACGGCACGAGCCAGGUCUACACACGUCGCUACACGGUGCAUACGCCAUCUUCGCCGACAUAUAAUGAGAAGCCCAGUCGCAGUCUCUACCGCACCUCGAUUGAGAAGUGGCGCCCGGCCAAUGGUACCAUAUAUUGCCCGAAAUGCGGCGCCAAUCGACGUCCGCUCAUACGCACACAAACCGAACGCAGCUCAAACAAUUCCUGCUGCGCCGCCUGCAUACUCGGCUGUUGGCCAUUCUGCUUUCUACCCUUUCUGCUGCCCAACGACAAUCGAGAAUAUCUGCAUUGUUCGAAUUGUAAGACCUUUCUGGGUUUGUAUGAUCGCGCCAAUAAUUGUGUCAAACCGAAUCGUGAUUAUUGCCAAACGGAGGAGUCGGUUAUUAAGGAGACAGAUAUGCGUACGGUCGAUGAUGAUGGCAAAGAAAGAAAAAGUUGUCUAUGCUAAACCGCUACAUUUCUUUACCGUAUAUUCUGUAUCAAUUGAGUUUUUGUUGUAAUUGCGCGGCACCAAUUUCCAAGCUUUAUUUUGUACACGUGCUUUUGCGUGUGCUUUAAGCUUUUUUGUACACAAUAAUUUUGUCUGCGAAUAUGUUUCUUUAUUUGUUUAGGGUUGUACUAGUACACGAACCAUAUCGAAAGUUUUUAGCUUUAAAGCUUUUGAAGCUUUUAUUUUGAAAAUCUAAAACUUUGUAUUGUAUAUGUCCGGGUAAUUUUUUUGGCAAUGGAAUGACUAUGUAGAGCAUGUCUUUGUUAAUCGUGAUUAACUUUUAAAUAAAAGAAUAUUCAGUAAUUUCACUCGAAAUCAUGGAA